UCAAAACAUUUUGGGGCAAAAGAUAAACACGAAAAAAAUAAUGGAAUCGAUCAACAGAUUUCGAUAGCAUCCGCAGAUUUGGAUCAAAACCCUAAUUCUCCAGUUCAAUCGUCGGAAAUGGCAAGCCUGUGGCGAGCUGUAAUCGGCGGUCAGAGCAACAAUUCCGACGACUACGGAGGCGUAGAGUUCUGGUCUAACCCUGAACGAACCGGAUGGCUCACGAAACAAGGAGAGUACAUCAAGACUUGGCGACGCCGAUGGUUCGUGCUCAAACAAGGGAAGCUCUUCUGGUUCAAAGACUCUGAUGUCACGCGCGUCUCACGCCCUCGAGGUGUCGUCCCCGUCGCGUCGUGCUUAACAGCCAAAGGAGCAGAGGAUGUCCUCAACAAGCAAAACGCGUUCGAGCUAUCGACGAGAGAUGAGACUAUGUACUUCAUCGCUGAUUCGGAGAAGGAGAAAGAAGAUUGGAUCAAUUCCAUUGGACGGUCGAGAAUAAUCGUUAAGAAUCUUCCUCCCAAAUAUGUGACAGAGGAUCGACUUCGAGAUGUCUUUUCAAAAAAAGGAGAAAUCACAGACGUGAAAUUGAAGCGUAAGAGUGAUGGCAGAAGUAGACAAUUUGCUUAUAUUGGCUUUCGUACUGAACAAGAAGCUCAAGAUGCUAUCACAUAUUUUAAUAAGUCUUUCAUUGAUACUAUUCAAAUAUCUGUUGAGGUUGCGAUCCCUCCUCCGAGGAAAGAAGGCAAGGUUAAUGAAAAUAGUGAACAUGUUUCUAAUGCUUAUGCUAAAGCAGACAAAAAGUUUAAGAAGAAAGCAGAGGCUGAUCAUGAUCCUCAGCUUCAAGAAUUUCUUGAUCAGCAUAAGUUGAAAUUCUGGUCCAAUGACAUGUGUAUUCCUCGUUCCACCGGCAAAGAGAAGGUCUCGCCAGUAAUUUUUUCUAAUGGUGCUGAUGAGCCUAAUAACAAAGCCAAAAUAUCAUUAUUAGAUACUACAGAGAAUAAAGUUGGUGAUGAUGUUUCUGAUAUGGAAUACUUCAAGAGUCGGAUAAAGAAAAAUCUGUCGUAUUCGGACAGUGAUUAUGAAACUGAUAGUCGUGAAGAUGCAAUUCAUGCUUUUCCUAUUGAUGGAGAUAUUGAAGCUGACAGAGUUGAUAAAGAUGAUGAUGAUGCCGAUGAAAUGGAGAUAGAAGUUGCUCAAGAACCGAAAGCUGACAGUGAUGAUGUUCUUGACACUGGUCGCCUUUUCGUCCGAAACCUGCCUUACACUGCAACAGAAGAAGAGCUUACGGAUCAUUUCAGCAAAUUCGGUGAAAUAUCAGAGGUCCAUCUUGUUCUUGACAAGGAGACAAAAAAUUCCAGAGGAAUGGCCUUCGUCCUUUACCUGAUACCGGUAUAUGCAAAAAGGGCAAUGGAGGAAUUAGAUAACAAAGAUUUCCAGGGGCGGCUGUUGCAUAUUUUACCAGCUAAGAAGCCUGAUAAACAAGUAAAUAACUCUUCGAAUCUGCCAAAAGCAUUCAAGCAAAAGAGGGAGGAACAAAGAAAGGCGUCUGAAGCCAGUGGAAAUACAAAAGCUUGGAAUAGUUUUUUCAUGCGACCCGAUACUGUCGUGGAAAACAUAGUCAGGUGUUAUGGUGUAACAAAGAGUGAGUUUCUUGACCGUGAAUGCGACGAUCCUGCAGUACGACUUGCUUUGGGAGAAACAAAAGUGAUUAUGGAGACCAAAGAAGCACUUGCUAAAGCUGGAGUACGUGUCACCUCUUUGGAAGAAUUUGCUGCACGGAAAGGUGAUAUGAAGAACCGAAGCAAACAUAUUCUCUUAGUAAAGAAUUUGCCAUUUGCUUCCACUGAAAAGGAACUGGCUCAAAUGUUUGGAAGAUUUGGAAGUCUAGACAAAAUUGUUCUCCCUCGGACGAAGACGUUGGCUUUGGUUGUUUUCCUUAAACCGGCUGAGGCACGUGCAGCUCUGAAGGGAAUGAAAUACAAGCGUUACAAAGAUGUUCCCUUGUAUCUGGAGUGGGCUCCUGUAGAUAUUCUUGAGCCAAAAGCACUUCCUGAUAACAAUGAAAAGACGAGUGAUGUUGAAGAAAAUGAUGUGAGAAGACUCAACUUGGAUCAGCAGGUUGGAAUCGAUUCGGAUAUACCUGAGUCAAAUGUCCUACAUGUUAAGAAUCUGAACUUCAAGACAAGUGAAGAGAGUUUGAAGAAACAUUUGACUGAACUGGUGAAGCAGGGAAAGAUUCUGAGUGUUAAGAUAGUAAAAAAUGGGAAGAGUCUUCCUCGUUCAAGCGGUUAUGGUUUUGUAGAAUUUGACUCCGUAGAGACAGCAACCAGUGUCUACAGAGAUCUUCAGGGAACUAUUCUGGAUGAGCAUAAAUUGAUCUUGAGUUUCUCUGCAAACAAGCGGAGUGUAACGGUUGGGAAAGAUUCAGACAAGGACACAGAUUUACCAACGUUACAUGUGAAAAAUGUAGCUUUUGAAGCAACCGAGAAAGAACUAAGACAGCUUUUUAGUCCAUUUGGACAGAUCAAGAGAGUUGACCUUCCAAUGAAGAAUAUAAGACAACAUGCUGGUUAUGGUUUUAUUGAAUUUGGGACAAAGCAAGAAGCUUUGAACGCUAAAAAGGCAUUAUCCAGCACCCAUUUCUAUGGACGCCGUUUGGUGCUCGAGUGGGCUAGGGCUGAUGACAAGAGCAUGGAAGCGCUCCGAAAAUCUUGUGCUGCCAAGUAUGUGGACCACCAAGAAAACAAUAAUCCAAAGAAAAGGAAAAGCUCGACAGUUGGUGGUGAAAGAAGAAUGAAGUUUGAGAGAAUAGCUGAAUAGGCCUCUCUAUAGUUUGUUUUGAGUAUAUUAUUGACCAUGGUUUCUAUUGUAACAUUUUCAGAGCUUCAUUAAUGGAGUCUAAUUGCAAUUCUCACAACAUCAAGAAAAAGAAAAACCUUUG